CAAGUGGCAAGGGACAGCCCAACAAUGUACUUCCCCAGAAAAUAGUGAUUCAUGAAGUGAACUCGGGUGUGUGCUCUAUCCCCGAUCUGGCCUUGUCACAAGCCAUGACGUCUCACUCUCUACCUGGUUGAUGGUCGAUCGCGUCCUGAAGGACAUAUAAGAAGCGUACUUUUCAGUCGUCGUCUCCUCAUCGCAGAACAGAUCAUCAAAUCAAGAAGCAUUUCACAGAAUUUAAUUCAAACACAACCACAAACAACACUCAACAUGUCUGACACCGGCCGCAAAGAUUUCUCUACCAAGGCUCAGGAGAAGGUCACUCCUGACUCCCAAAAGUCCACUAUGGACAAGAUGAAGGAAACCUUCACCGACGCUACCGACCGUCUCACUGGCAGCGCGCAGGGCGACAACCAGAAGUCGUACUCGCAGAAGGCCUACGAUUCCGCGCGUGGCGAGACAGACAACCAGACCCAUGGUAGUAGCACCGAGACAAUGGUCAGAAGGCAAAGAAUGCUAUGGGACUCGGUGAUCAUUAAGUUAUGA